UAUUUUGAAAAUACCUCACCGACUGAAGAAUCGGUCACUUUGAGAAAACCAAGAUUUUUAGAAAAAAUUGAAAAACCAAUACCACGUCCAGUAACACCAGAUUGUGUAUCAGCAAAAAGUGAAGAAUCUGAAAGAUGUGAAUUAGCUACAAUUAUGCUGCAACAAUUAAUACGUGGACGUGCAAUACAAACACAAAUGUAUGAAGGUAAAGAGAAACGUCGUGAAUUAAUCGCUGAAUUAAGAUCAACACAUGCUUUGCUAGAAGAUGAACAAGCUCAGAAAAAACGUGAAAAACUAACAAUUCUAACAAAACAAGAAGAUUUCAGUCAUCUUAUACAUCAGGAACAUAUGAUAGAAGAUAUUUUAGGACAAUUUGAAUGUGAUAGUUUAGCAAAUAUGUUAGAUUUUCUAAGUAAAGAAUUAGAUCGUUUAAUUGAAGCACGACGUAUACAUGCAUUGAUACUCAUAGCUGAACGUCAACGUCGUAUUCGUGAAGCCGAGGAGAGUGGUACACGUCAAAAAGAAGAACGUCGUAGACGAGAACAAGAUGAAAUUUUCAAACAACUUGUUAAAGUUCAUGAAGAAACAGUGGAUAGUUAUUUGGAAAAUAUCAUUGGAUUCACUGUAGACAGUACUGCUGAUUAUUUGGCUAAAGAUGAAAUUUCCAAAUUAGCUAAACAAAUGAAUCUCAAUGAUGAGAAUGUUUAUGCACAACUUGAUGAAUUAAAAGCAAAUGAAUUAGCUGCUGAAUUAUUGCAUAAUUUCUUAAUACCAUUUGUAAAUAAAAAUUCCUACGAGUUGCAUAAACGAAGACGUGAACGCAAAUAUUUGUUAGCUGCACAUAAUGAAAUAUGGGGUCCAGCACAAGAUACUGUUGAAAUUGUAUCGAACACAAAUGAUUUACAAUGUUGUAAACGUCAAGAUGCAACAACUCUAACACCAAAUGACUGGUGGCCAGAACAGUCACAGAACAGUCAGUCAUAUGAUGAUGAGGAGAAUUCGUUGGAAGAGAAUAAAACGGAGUCAGAUUUCAUAACUGAUAACCUGAACAAUGAUGACAAUAGUAGUAAUGAUUCAAAUAAUGUAUAACAGCUGAACGAUUUUAUGCUUUUUUAAUGCUGAAUGAUCAUUGUUUCCCCUAAUCAUAUAAACAAAUACAUACAUUCAGCAUUCAAUUAAUAAAACAUGAGUGUGUACAAAUAUGUUGAGCCCAGAGGGCUUGUCGUAGUUUGCGGACAAACUAAUUAACCUUUUCUAUAAGAGUUACUAUUUACCUGUCAUUCGACCGUGUCUAUUAUUCAUUCAUAUUCGUGGUUGCUUUUAUUUGUGAGUGUGUGUGUGUGUCCACUGCUUACUCCGCUUAUCACACAUUUAGUCAUGCCUCAUCACAUUGAGUUAGCUCAAUCGUUUUCACUUAGCUUCGCUUCGCUUUUACUUUUCCUAUCCUCAAAUUUGUUUCCUUAAAUAAAUGCAUAAAAUAAAUCCAUCCUCAAAACUG